GACGCGGGGCGGGGAGCGCGCGCGCGGCGUGUGUGUGUGUGCGAGUGAGAGAGAGUGAGGUGCAGACAUGCCGGGCAUCGUGGUCUUCCGCCGGCGGUGGUCGGUGGGCAGCGAUGACCUCGUGGUGCCGGGGGUGUUCCUCUUCAUCCUGCACCUCAUCUGGUAAACUUCUGCACUUCUUUAUUUGGAAACAUCGGAUAUCAAAACCAUUCUGAGGGGCCUGCAAUGGGUGGGCGUGCUGGCGGCGGUGCUGGUGCUGGUGCCGCUGGCGGGGCGGGCGGCGUGCGCGCACCAGCUCUGGGUGAUGCUGCUGUCGUACGAGGGGCUGCUGGGCGUGGCGCUGCUGCUGGAGCUGGCCAUCUCGCUGGUGGCGAUGCGCGGUUCCAUCCUCGACACCGCGCCGCGCGCCUCCAUGCAGUACCUGCUGUAUGCGCGCCUCGCCCUGAUGGCGCUGGAAGUGGUGUGGCUGGUGCUGGGGGUGCUGUGGCUGGUGCGCAACUACACCGAGUGCCCGACAGAUCGCGCGAAGGACGCCAUGCUCGGGCUGGUGAUCUGCAGCUGGAGCGUGGUGCUGUCGGUGCUGCUGUCGGUGUGGUGCACGUUCGACGCCGCGGGCCGCUCGUGGGUGAAGAUGAAGGAGUACCAGCGCAGCCAGCGCGAGGCCGAGGCCCACGGCAAGUUCCACUACAAGCGCUCGGGCAGCCGCCACCGCAACUGGCGACAGCGGAAGGUGAUCCGCGCCUACCAGGACAGCUGGAACCACCGCUGCCGCCUGCUGUUCUGCUGCAUGGGCAACAGCGACCGCAACCGCAACUCCUUCGCCGACAUCGCGCGCCUGCUCUCCGACUUCUUCCGCGACCUCGACGUGGUGCCUUCGGACGUGGUGGCCGGGCUCGUGCUGCUGCGCAAGUUCCAGAAGAUCGAGCGCUCCGCCAUCGUCAAGGAGCGCAAGAACGACACGUACGAGUACCUGUCCGGGGUGCCGGUGACGUCACAGACGCAGUUCCUGGCGCUCAACGACCCCGAGCACCUGGCACACUUCCAGGUGGGCGAGGUGGAGGUGGUGUACGCGACGUACCACGUGGACGUGGGCGAGACGCCCUUCUUCGUGGCGGUGGACUACAGCCGGCGCAAGGUGGUGGUGAGCAUUCGGGGCACGCUGUCGCUGCAGGACGUCAUCACCGACCUCAACGCCGAGGGCGAGCAGCUGCCCGUGGCGCCGCCGCGCGAGGACUGGCUGGGCCACAAGAUCGUUGCUUUGGACGUGCGCCUUGCCCCUGUACCGUGUUGUGGAGUCGUGAGCGAGCGCGCGGGGCGCGGCGGGCCGCAGGGCAUGGUGCAGGCGGCGGCGUACAUCCGCGACAAGCUGCGCGAGGAGCGCAUCCUGGAGCGCGCGUUUGAGCGGGACGCGGCGCGCGGCACGCCGGCAUUCGACCUGGUGCUGGUGGGCCACUCGCUGGGCGCCGGCACCGCCUCCAUCCUCGCCAUCCUGCUGCGCACCGAGCAGCCCGGCCUGCAGUGCUUCGCCUACUCCCCGCCCGGCGGCACCCUCAGUAUGCCAGCUGCAGAGUACACUAAAUCAUUUAUUACGUCAGUGGUGCUGGGGAAAGAUGUGGUGCCACGAAUUGGUUUGCAUCAGUUGGAGGCAUUGCGAGCAGACCUUAUCAACACCAUCAAGCGCUCCAAAGAUCCUAAGUGGAAGACAAUAUUCUGCAGUGUGGUGUGUUGUGGCUGCGCCCCACUUCCUACAUCAGUUGCUGAGUUGCAAGCAAGUGAUGUGUCUGACUAUCAGAAGGAGAAAGAAGGUGCACGGGAGCUUUCAAUGCAUCCUUCCGAUUCUAGCAUAGCACUUACUAUGCACCAGCCUCUUUAUCCACCAGGACGCAUCAUUCACAUUGUGAGACACCAUCCCACAAAGGGCGAGCAGAAGUAUGAGAAGCGCUGGAGGCAGGUGUUGAACAAGCACGAGCCAGUGUACCAAGCUGUAUGGGCUAACACAACCGACUUCGACGAGGUGCUCAUCUCACCAGUCAUGAUUCAGGACCACAUGCCUGACAACGUUCUGGAGGCUCUUAACAAGGUUGUCUCCCAUGCAAAGCGUUUCAAUGCUGCCGUUUCUCGCCCCCCAGCAAAUUGCAAUCAUGUGAGCCCUGAAAACUGUGACACCAGUGCUAGUAGCUUGCCCCGAGGCUGUAGUGUAGUAGCCGCGAGUAGCGCGACGACGCCGGCGCCGGCCCCGCCGCCGCGCCCGCCCCCACUCGACUGCGCAGCCGACGCGGCGCCGCGCGACCGUGCGUCGAUCGGUCGCCGCCACCGACCGCCCCCCCACCGCCACCGGCACCGCCGCGAGUCGCCGCCCACGCGCCGCCGCCACCGCGGCCGAAUACCAGCUGCCCCGAGCGUGGGCCCCUUGCAGGUUAUAACGACGGUGGGCCCGGCCAAGCCGCAGCGCGCGCCGUCGGCGCCCAACUCGCUGGUGACGUCGGCGGAGCACCUGGACUCGGAGCGCUGCCACCUGCUGGCGCCGCUGCCGCCCGCCACGUGCGGCGUCGCCUCCUCGUCGGCCUGCGCGGGCGUGGGCCUGGGAGAGAGAGGAGAGAGGAGAGAGAGGAGAAGAGGAAAAGAGGAUGAGAGAGGAGAAGAGGAGAGAGAGAGAGAGGAGAGAAGGAGAGAGGAGAGAUGA